AUGGUUAGAGUACCAGCUCCCAAAACUGCUGGGGAAGUUAGACGUUUUCUGGGAAUGGCCAACACUUGCCACGAAUACAUUCCAGAUUAUGCAACUAUUACAGCACCUCUAAGAAAACUAACCAAGAAAAACAUUGCGUUUAGGUGGGAAAAUAGACAUCAGAAAGAAUUUGAGCAACUGAAAAAGAAACUAACAAGUACCCCAAUUAUGGCAUAUUUCGAUACAAAGAAACGAAGUCUAGUAAUCGUAGAUGGCUCCCCUUAUGGAAUUAGUGCAAUACUAGCACAGAAAGAACAUCACAGCCAGCGGUACAAAAUCCUUUCAUAUGCAAGCAGAGCACUCAGCCCAGUUGAGACAAGAUACUCUCAAACAGAUAUUGAAGGACUUAGCUUAGUAUGGGGAAUUGAGUAUUUUCGAAUGUUCUUGAUUGGAUCAGAAUUCGAUGUGAUAACUGUUCAUAAAGCAUUAGAAUCUAUAUUCAAUAACCCAAGAUCCAGACCACCAGCCCGCAUUGAGAGAUGGAUGAUGCGAUUACAACCAUUCAACUUCAAAGUCAUUUACCGCAAAGGAUCCUUAAACGAAGCUGACUACUUAAGUAGACAUCCAGCUGUUAUUGAGAGAGAACAAAUAACUAGUACAUCAGCAGAAGAAUAUGUGAACUAUGUAACUAACUGUUCAGUUCCAAAGUCAAUGACACUUGACGAGAUUAAAAAAGCAACCCAUAACGAUCCAGUAUUACAAAAAGUUAAGAAAUGUCUGAAAGAGAGAAAAUGGGAUGAGAACGAUCCUGACCUUAAACCGUUCAGAUUUUGCGCCGACGAACGUACGUACAAUGCAUCAGCAGGUAUACUGUUGAAGAACACACGGCUGGUCAUUCCAACAACAUUACAAGAAAGAGCAACAAAAUUAGGUCAUAUCGGGCAUCAGGGAAUUGAGAAAACGAAAAGCCUACUACGCGAAAAGAUCUGGUACCCAAAUAUGGACAAACGAGUGAAAGAAAUGGUAGACAAAUGCAUUCCUUGCCAAGCAGUAGGUCACGGUAAUAACCCGGAGCCAAUGAAAAUAACACCAACCGAAGACAAACCAUGGACUAGUGUAGCAAUCGACUUCUAUGGUCCAGUACCCCGAACUGGUCAAUACCUGCUAGUGGUUAUCGAUACCUACUCAAAAUUCCCAGAGGUAGAAAUAGUCAACUCAACCGAAGUAAAAACUUGCAUACCAAAAUUAGAUACGAUAUUUGCCAGAUAUGGAAUACCAUCAAAAAUAAAAACUGACAAUGGACCCCCAUUUAAUGGGAAAGAAUUUGAAACAUACGCUAAAACCCUUGGUAUUGAAUGGAAAACAAUUACACCACUAUGGCCCCAGGGUACUUCCGUCGUAGAAAGAUUUAUGAAACCAAUUGGAAAACUCUUGAAAACAGCAGAAAUUGAAGGAAAGAAUUGGAAGCAAGAGCUGCAAAGGUUUCUACUUCAAUACCGUUCAACUCCUCAUCUAACUACUAAAGUCGCUCCGUCUGAACUACUUUUUAACAGACAAAUUUGGGGAUACUUACCAGAACUCACAAGGAAAAAAGUAGUUAAUAGACACAAGAGGGCGAAGCAGAAUUUGGAGCAGAAGAAAGAAGAGAACAAAGAGUACUACGACAGAAACAAAAGAACAAAGGAAGCUGGUAUCAAAGUUAACAUCAAAGUUUGA